AAGAUUAACUUUCAUUUUUGAUAUAUUCAUCUUUCUUCGGAGCUAAGAAACCGUUCACUUUCUGUUUGUUUAUUGUGGGUUUCUUUUGAAGGUUGAAAGUUGAAGUGAGCUUCUAACUGUGUAUGUUUGCAACAGAUAUUCAGAGGAACGACAGGAGGUAUAGGUUCAAGUGAGCAGAGUAUUGAGUAUUGAUUAAAAAAGAUAUGGGUUUCAUUGAUAUUGUGUUUCAAUGGUCUCUUGAAGACAUAUUCAACGAUAAUCUUUAUGAGGAUCAAGUGGAAAUGAUUCCAGUUUCAUUUCAGUCGGCGGAACAAUAUUUUGGGUCAUAUCUUUUGCCUUUGUUGGACGAGACACGCGCAGCAUUGCGCUCAUCUAUGGAAGUUAUAGCUAGAGCACCAUACGCCGAAGUGACAUAUCUUAAUGAAUCAAAGUCACAUGGAACAUUGCUGCUUGACGUGAAUGUUGAUUACUGGAGAAACAGGUUCAGUGAUCGUGAGAAGGAACCAUACAAAACAUUGCCUGGAGAUGUUUUUGUCAUAGCAAAUGUGAAACCUGAAACUGCUUCUGAUUUGCAAAGGGUAGGAAGAACCUGGAUUUUUGCCCUAGUCACAAAUAUCCAAGAGGAUGAUGAUGAGGAUAAUAGCUCAUCUACUUCAUUCAAAGUGAAAGCACUGGAAGAUUUUGUUUCUAAAGAUGAAGCGCAGAAAUCACUAUUUGUAGUUCACUUGACAAAUCUAACCACAAACACACGAAUAUGGAGUGCAUUGCACAUGGAAAGAAACUUAAAGAUUAUCAAAGAGGUUUUGCACGCCGAUUCCAUGGUGGCAGAAAGCUGCAGUCUCUGUUCUUCAGAUAUUGGUGGAAACUGGAAUGAGAUUUUUCUGAAAAACUUGCUAUCUAAACUGAAUGAAUCUCAAAAGAAUUCGCUUGUUGCUUGUCUCAACAAAAUGUCGUGCAAUCACAAGUCUCAUGUGGAACUUAUUUGGGGUCCACCAGGAACUGGGAAAACUAAAACUGUUAGUGUGCUGCUGUUUGCUCUGUUGAGGAUGAAGUACAGAACACUCACUUGUGCCCCGACAAAUAUUGCAAUUACAGAAGUAGUUGCAUGUGUCUUAAAGCUGGUAAAAGAAGCUAAGAAAGCAUGCUCUGUAGCUGAUGAUCAGUUUUGUUCGUUGGGAGACAUCCUCUUAUUUGGCAGUAAAGAGAGUCUUAAAGUUGAUUCUGAGAUUGAAGAAAUAUUUCUGGAUUAUCGUGUAAAAAGGCUUACAGAGUGCUUUGGGCCACUAGGUUGGUGGCACUGCUUUACUUCAAUGAUUACUUUUCUUGAAGAUUGUGUUCCUGAGUACCAUAUUUUCUUAGAAAAUGAAUCAACCAAAAAGCAGGAACAUGUUAGAGAAGAUGAAAACCAGGAGAAAGGAUGUUGCAGUGAAACUGAUGGUAAGAAGGGGAUACACAAAUCAUUUCUUGAAUAUGCAAGAGAAAGAUUUGCCACUACUGCAUUACCACUGAGAAGAUGUGUGUCAAUUUUACACACUCAUAUACCCAAAAUCUACUUUCAGGCACAUAAUUUCAAAGACCUUGAAACUCUUUCAGGCCUGCUCAAUUCAUUAGAAACAUGCCUGUUUUUUGAUGGUUUAGCUUCUGAAGAAGUGGAGGAGCUCCUUUUACUUUCAAAAGAUGAUAAAUUGCUUCCCCAAAAUCUCUGUGACACAUCUCGCUUGUUGUGCUCAAUAAGAAGCCAGUGUCUUUCUGUUUUGAGAAGGCUCCGUGAUUCUCUUGGUCAGCUUAAACUGCCAAGUGCAAGGAACAAAGAUUCCUUAGUACAGUUCUGCUUUCAAACGGCUUCUUUAUUCUUUUCCACUGCAUGCAGUUCUUAUAAACUAUAUAAACUGGAAAUGAAACCACUGAAUGUGUUGGUAAUAGAUGAAGCAGCGCAGUUGAAAGAAUGUGAAUCAGCCAUACCCCUGCAACUGCCGGGUAUUGUACAUUCAAUUCUUAUCGGUGACGAAUGGCAAUUGCCUGCCACAGUUCAAAGCAAUGUUUCUAAUGAAGCUGGCUUUGGAAGAAGUUUAUUCCAAAGGUUGACUACUUUGGGUCAUUCAAAGCACCUACUGAAUAUUCAGUACAGAAUGCAUCCAUCAAUCAGUUUCUUCCCAAAUGCGUGUUUCUAUAAUAAAAGGAUCUUGGAUGCAGCUGGUGUUAAGCAUAAGAGUUACGAGAAACAUUAUCUUCCGUGGCCUAUGUUUGGCCCCUAUUCCUUUAUAAAUGUAUCUGGAAGAGAAGAAAAGGAUGAUGCUGGGCGUAGCCACAGAAAUAUGGUUGAGGUUGCCCUUGUGCAGAGAUUGGUGCAAACUCUGUUCAAAGCAUGGAAUAGCUCAAGAGAGAGACUCAGCGUUGGCAUAAUUUCUCCCUAUGCUGCUCAAGUUGUCGCAAUUCAGGAGAAACUUGGUAGGAAAUAUGAGAAAACUGAUGGCUUUGCAGUGAAGGUGAAGUCAGUUGAUGGGUUCCAGGGUGGUGAAGAAGAUAUUAUAAUAAUAUCAACUGUGAGAUCCAAUAGUUCAGGAGCACUUGGUUUUGUAUCCAAUGCUCAAAGAACUAAUGUUGCUCUUACGAGGGCUAGGCACUGCCUCUGGAUUUUGGGGGAUGGAAGAACCCUGGCCAAACAUGAAUCUGUUUGGCAGGGUUUAGUGCAUGAUGCAAAGAUGCGUCAUUGUUUCUUUAAUGCUGAUGAAGAAAAGGGAUUGGCUAAAGCUAUAUUUGAUGCCAAGAAAGAGUUUGAUCAGCUUGAUGACUUGCUUAAUCACGAUAGUGUUCUAUUCAAGAAUGCUAGGUGGAAGGUUCUUUUCAGUGAUAACUUCAGAAAGUCAUUUGGGAAGGUGAAAUCUGCCCAGACUCAGAAAUCAGUUUUAAACCUUCUGUUAAAACUUUCCUGCGGCUGGCGGCCUAAGAAGAGAAAUGUGGAUUUAAUUUGUGAAAGCUCUUCUAUGGUCUUGAAACAAUUUAAGGUUGAAGAUCUUUAUAUUGUCUGCUCAAUUGAUGUAGUGAAGGAACAGAGGUACACUCAAGUAUUGAAGGCUUGGGAUCUUUUGCCAUUAGAGGAUAUUGUGAGGCUGGUUAAGCGCCUUGAUGGCAUCUUCAAAAUGUAUACAGAUGAUUUUAUCUGUCAUUGCAAUAAGAAAUAUUUGGAGGGGGAUUUGGAAGUUCCGAAAAGUUGGACAACCUCAUUUGAUAUUGUCAGGUUUAAAACUUUAAGCCAAGAUGAAAUAAAAAACAGUUCAUGUGGUAGUAAUGCUUCAGAUAAUAGAUGUUACUUAGAGAACUCAAAAGUCAGUGAGAGCUUACUGCUGAUGAAGUUCUACUCUUUAUCAUCGGGUGUUGUGAGCCACCUUCUCUUUGAUCAUGAUGGAAGAGAACCAGAAAGUCCAUUCGAGGUGACAGACCAUGAACGUGAUAUAAUUUUAUUCCCAAGAAGCACUUUUAUAUUAGGCAGGUCAGGCACCGGGAAGACUACUGUGCUGACUAUGAAGUUGUUUAAGCAAGAGCAACUGCACCUGUUAACAACUGAAGGUUUUGAUGCAGUUAACACAAAUAGGGUUAAUGAUGUCUGUCUGGCAAACAGAAAUAUGGGUGGUGUUGGAGGCACUGAAGCAACUCCAUUGCGCCAGCUUUUUGUCACAGUCAGUCCUAAACUUUGUUAUGCGGUGAAACAUCAUGUUCUUCAAUUGAAAAGGUUUGUCAGCGGUGGAAACUUUUCUCUAGAGGGUGCUUUUCAAGAUGUUGAUGAUACUGAUGGUGCAGCACAGUUCAAGGAUAUUCCCGAUUCAUUUGUGGAUAUUCUUCCCAAGGCAUACCCACUUGUCAUAACUUUGCAAAAGUUUCUGAUUAUGCUUGAUGGAACAAUUGGCAACUCAUUCUUCGAGAAAUUCUAUGAUGCCAGGGAGCUAUCAAAUAUGGAAGUUGUAAAUGCUCCAACCUUGGUACGAAAUUGUAUAAGAACAAGGGAGGUAACCUAUGAGAAGUUUUGUUCAAUUUAUUGGCCUCAUUUUAAUGCUAACCUGACAAAUAAGCUUGACUCAUCCAGAGUCUUCACAGAGAUAAUGUCUCAUAUAAAAGGGGGCCUGAGAUCAGGGACUUCCUAUGAUGGUAGACUCAAUGCGGAGGAUUAUGUAAAACUAUCUGAGGGUCGGGUGUCUGCCUUAAGUUCACAUGAGAGGCAAAUGAUAUAUGAUAUUUUUCAAGAUUACGAAAAAAUGAAAGGAGAAAAUGGUGAGUUUGAUAUGGCUGAUGUUGUGGUUGAUCUUCAUGUAAGACUUCAAAAUGAAAGGUAUGAGGGUGACAUCAUGGAUUUUGUUUAUAUCGAUGAGGUGCAAGAUCUUACAAUGAGGCAGAUUGCUCUUUUCAAACAUGUUUGCAAAAAUGUAAGUGAAGGCUUUGUUUUCUGUGGGGAUACAGCACAAACUAUUGCCAGGGGUAUUGAUUUUAGGUUUGAAGAUAUACGAUCCCUUUUCUACAAGGAGUUUGUUUUGGAAUCAAAAUGUGAAACAAAUCAUGAGAAAAGGAGAAGGGUCAAAUAUCUAAAUUUCCACUUAAGCCAGAAUUUUCGUACUCAUGAUGGUGUCCUGAGGUUAGCGCAGAGUGUCAUUGAUCUUCUUUACCAUUUCUUUCCUUUAUUUGUUGAUAUUUUAUGCCCUGAAACUAGCCUUAUAUAUGGGGAAGCCCCAAUUUGGCUUGAAUCUGACAAGGAAGACAAUGUAGUUGCCAAAAUAUUCACAAACAGUGGUAAUGCUGGGGCACAUAUGGUUGGAUUUGGAGCAGAGCAGGUCAUAUUAGUACGUGAUGAUCCUGCCAAGAAUGAAAUUUUAAAGUAUGUUGGCAAGCAAGCUCUUGUUCUGACCAUAGUGGAAUGCAAAGGAUUAGAGUUUCAGGAUGUAUUAUUGUACAACUUUUUUGGUUCAUCACCUUUAAAGAAUCAGUGGAGAGUUGUAUAUGAAUACAUGAAGGAGCAAGGCUUUCUUGAUGCCAGUUGUCCAUCCCCAAAUUUCAAACAGGCAAAACACAACAUUAUGUGCUCUGAAUUGAAGCAGUUAUAUGUUGCCAUCACCCGCACAAGGCAAAGGCUGUGGAUUUGUGAAAAUGUCAAAGAGUUUUCCGAGCCGGUGUUUAAUUACUGGAAAAGGAAGUGCCUUGUUCAAGUUAGGAAGCUGGAUGAUUCUCUUGCACAAGCAAUGCAAGUUGCAAGUAGUUCAGAAGAGUGGAAGUCACGUGGUUAUAAGGUUUGCUGUUUCUUGCUUUAAGAAGGUGUUCUACAACUCAUCUGGUUGUUCUAGUCAGAUAAAUCUUAUUUGUAAAUUCAAUUUGUUAAAAAUAGAAUGUCGAUAAUGGCAAGAAAAGAUAGAAAAAUAGAA